UCAUGUGCAACACUGCACGAUACAGUAUGUGAACUUUUGUGUCACCGCCUGAGUCUGCAAUUUCGAUCUGUUGGCAGAACAAGCCAGUAUAGCAAGACAAGAUAAGUGAGCAUGGUUGCAUUGUGUCUAUGACAACACAAAAUAUCCAUCAAUCGCAGCAAACAUUCCAUGUGAAAUUUGCUUACAAACCACAAAUAAAAAUAAAAUCAAGAAGCUUAGCUUACAAAAUCCCAUUUGCCAAAGAUAUGUUUCAAGAUGGAGAACGUACUACAAGAAAAUGUUUUGUGUGUGCAAAAUGAUAAACAGGAUUUUGUAGUGUCUGCCACUGUUUAUAAAGCACGUCAUUUGCGAAAACUCAAUUGUGAUACAUUCGUUAUGGUAUCCUGUAAUGGAAAAUAUAAACGAACAAGGAUUGCAUAUCGUACGGAUAAUCCUUAUUUCAAUGAGUAUUUCAGUUUUUCAUUGCACUGCUCUGAACGAAAACUUCGUAGGAAAGGAAUCGUGUUUUCAUUGUAUCGGCCUUCGAUUUGCACGACCAUGCAUUCAUGCAUCGGGGAAUUCCAUGUAGAUCUUAACACCGUGUGGGAACAAGAGAAUCAUGCAUUUUUAAAGAAAUGGGCAAUGUUCGAACCGAUUGGUAGAGCCUCGUCGAACGAACUGCACUGUGGUUAUCUUCUGAUAGAUUUAAUGAUAACUUCUUCGAAAGAGAUGUCAUUUCCCAUUUCAUUGGAUAAUGCGUUAGACUACGACAUUAUUGAGAGAAAUAAGCUACUUCCUACGUACGAUGCAAACGACGAAGUUCAAAAAGUACGAUUUUGCUUCAGUGUUUUUGAAGGGGAGUUUGUUAAUAGCGCAGAAUAUGCUGUCCGUAUUUCGUACGCAGGGUUGAAGGUACGAACAAGAACCAGUUCUUUUGGAAGAAACUGUCGUUGGAAUGAAAAGUUAUCCUUUGUUGGUACGUAUCCUACGACCAAUCAAAUAAUUGGAAUUGAUCUACUCACAACUAAUUGCUGUACUAGUAUUGUAAAAUCAGCAAAAGAUAUUCAUUUCUCUUCUUUAUCGAAACGUACCAACGACACAUAUAAUUUGCCCACGUUUGGACCAGCUUGGAUGUAUUUGUACAGCGGUACUCAGGAAUCACACUAUGUUGGCAAACUUUUAGUAUCUUUCAAUACGGAGGUUUUGUCAUUUCAAUCGGUACCGGCACACAAAACACAAACCAAUCGAAUCUAUGAGCCACUUGUCACGUCCAACUACUGGGAAGAGCAAGUUUUUGUAAUUAAACUCUGCAUGAUACAGAUGCAGCUCUUCGCCGAGCUGUCCACGCGUCAACUAUUGGUAUAUCUUAGCUGUGCUGAUAUUCGAUCCAAAGCCAUAGUUCUUACCAUAGACAAACAAAAACUAACACAAUGUCAUCGAUCUGUGCAUUGUGGUGAGGUUAUUAUAACACUGAAGACACAAGCGCCCGACUAUAGGCAUAAAUAUUUUGUACAAGCGACCAUCAGUAAUUUAUGUGGUGACAUAAAGGAAUUCUCGAAUCUGUUCAAAAGAGCAAUAAUCGGGCAAGGUGAAAACAAUUUUGAUUUGAAAAAUCGCAAUAUUUUUAACCAUUUGCUGGCACAGUUGGAAUUGGAUUUUAUACAUGCCUAUGAAACAAUAGCACAAGACAAUUUCAAGCAACAUACAAAAUUGGAUCAACUGCGUAAAAGCCACAUCUUGCAACAAUUGAUGUUGAAGAAAUUAGAGAUUACUGCUAUUAGAUCCCGUUUGAGUUCUUCUACCACCUUUCAAGAAGUUUCAUUGCUCAUUACGGACGUAGACGCUAUUUUAAGCUGUUUAUUGGAGUUAUCAAAUGAUGAUCAAAACCAGUACCCUGACGUCUUGCUACAUGUGUAUGCGUCAGGUCAUUCAUCAGUGAUUGCAAUUGCACGGUUCCACAUGGUUCAUUACCUUCAGUCAAACGCUUCAGGCGUGCCUGGAAUACGAUGUGGAAAACGAUGCUCAAUACUCCUGAGAUCAAUACACUGCAACCAUUCGUGUCCUGAUCAUUGCGGUUGUAUUUAUGCCAAGCUGGACUAUCAGUUGCAAAUAGGAAGUGAACGAAGGGAACAGGAACCUCCGAGCGGCUUGAUGGUAGUGGAAGAUCCCUCAUGGGGUAUUACUGAUGUUCGACAGCAACUACUGAACAAUCAUAUGACAACCACAUUUGUUCGCUGCAAAAUACACGUGUAUCAAGGACGGAUUUUUGCGGGAGUAGAUGAAUCUGAACAGUGUAAUGUAAAAUUAAGUAUUCUUUUUGAAGAUUACGAAAUGGCUCUUACGACACUACCAUGCCCGCUUUCAUCAUUCUGGAAUGAAACGAUCGAUUUUCAGAAUGUGCCUUUUGUCAGGUCUACUGUGGCGUACAGCAAUAAUCAGCAAUGUACUGUUAUAUUUAUUUUACAGGACGAUCAAAAGCUAACGUCAAAAAUAGCAAUUGGCUGGUUGGAAACAUCAAUUCAGCCGUUACGAGCAGAAGAACUAACGGAAAGAAGCAAAGAUCAGCCGCACGAAACCCUCAGGACUACAGAACUUCGAAUUUUGAAUAUGACCAUGCAAUGGAUUCCACUUUUUCAACGAGGAAUAAAGGUGGCAGAAAUCCUUGUAUCAAGCGAAAUAGAGGAGAUUCCUAACUCAGGACAGAAAAGCUGUGAACUGUUGCUAGUACAUAGUUUGCCACCAGAGAUAGUUCCAACGUUGGUUCCUUUUAUAAUUCGAGUACGCUUUAUUGGUCUACGACAAAUGCAUAAGCGUUCAUAUGAAAAGUUGAAAAAAGCUAGAAUUUUGAUAACAAUUGGAGAUGGUAACAUUAUGAGUGGAGUUUCUAAAGCUACUUAUGAAAACAGUGUUAACUUUCCGGAAGGAUACGAAACAUGUUCUGUACGGCUUCCAGCGAAUCCAAAUUAUUGGCCUUUGAUGACCAUCAAGCAUUUUUGUUUAACAAAAGAAAAACAGAUGAAAUUAAUCGGCAAAUCCAUAAUAAAUGCAUCUGGAUUGCUAAAUAAUUCAAUUGCCAAAAGAUCUCCUGCUGAAAACACAACUAUAAUCGAAAUAGAUCAGGAAGAUAAUAUAACGAGUAUUCCAAAACGUUAUGAAUUGAAUACGUUAUAUUUAUGGUCAAACGUUCGUGAUAUGAUCGAUCAACAGGUUAAAGAUUUUGUUGAACCUAAAACAUCGACGAUAGAGCUGAAUGCUGAUACUAUGAAUCACACAUGGUGGACAAAAUUUUAUGAUAACCAGCUUGCAAAAAACUACCAAAGAGCUAUACUGAAGAUAUUUCCUACAGAACUGGAGAAUGUUUCAGAAUUUCACGGAUUCAAAGAUUGGAGUGGUAGUUACACAUUGCAUAAAGUAAAAGACGAAAAGAAAGGUGACAUCCUUAAGCAAGAAUAUGGCGUUGUUAAAAGUCUGAUUCAAAUUCAUUCUGACAUUAAAACAAUGAAUCUUAACAAGCAAAACGAAGCCGUGGACAAACGAAUAAUACCGACCACCGUGGAAUUAGUAGUUGUGGUGUACGUUGUACAGGCUUUAAAUCUUACUUCGCGUGAUAUUAUGUCAGAAUCAGAUGCCUACAUAAAAAUAUCCUACGGCCACCAAUGUGUACGCGAUCGUGCAUAUUACAUUCCAAAUCAAGCAUCCCCCGUGUUUGGGAGGCGGUUCGAACUACGCGGCAAAUUGCCAAGGGAUCAAAUAUUGCAUCUAUCAGUGUAUGACAGAGACUUUGCCUCCAAGGAUGACCUAAUCGGCAGCACCAGCAUAGAUAUCGAGGAUCGUUUCCGCAGCAAACAUUUACCCUGUUUUGGAUUGCCAAACUAUUUUACAACGAAAGGCUGCAACAAGUGGCGCCACCAAAUGAAACCAUCCGAAAUGCUGCUUGAUUUGUGUGAAAGGCAUCGAGUGGAGAAGCCACGAAUUGAGGGACACAAGAUCAUCAUUGGGAAGGCAGAAUUCAAAGCCGAAGUUCUGACGGCAAAUGAGUGCCUAACGGAACAGCUUUGCCUGCUGGCGCUUAAUAAUUUCAAGCACGUUGUCAAUGGGUUUUCCCUAACGCCAGAACACGUGGAAACACGUUCGUUGUAUCAUCCCAAGCGGGGUGGCAUUGAGCAGGGCAAGGUUCAACUAUGGAUCGAGUUGUACGAACCAAGCCGUCCACAUCCGUUACCGAUUGACAUUACACCACAACUCCCGAAACCUUACGAGCUGCGGCUGAUCGUUUGGAACACGGCCGACGUGAUGCUAAAUGAGCGCAACAUUUUCGGCACGGAGAUGAGUGACAUCUACGUAAAAUGUUGGCUACAGGAGUUCACGGAAGCUCAGUACACGGACGUUCAUUAUCGUUCACUAACCGGGGAAGGAAACUUUAACUGGCGCAUGGUGUUUCCUUUCCGCUACUCGCCCGCCGAUGGGAUGUUAGUGCUCCGUCGCAGAAAGGCUUUCUAUGAGCAAUACGAUACCGAGCUCAAGUAUCCCCCAGUAUUGACCGUGCAGAUUUGGGAUAAUGACUCGUUUUCGGCGGACGAUUUUCUCGGAACGGUGGAUCUUAACCUCACCCAACUGCCUGUCCCAGCCAGCACGGCUGAUGCUUGCACGCUGACUCAAAGCCUAUCAUUAACAGGAUCCGGAAGCGGUACAGGUGGCAAUGGUUCUUUGAACCUGUUUGUACGUCGCCGUGUCAGAGGAUGGUACCCGGUGCAUGGCAACAUAGCCUCCAACAUCGAUACCAGUGAUCAACAACGUCAGUAUGACGGUAUAUCGUUGACGGGUAAAAUUGAGCUGGAGCUGGAAAUUCUUAGUCAAGAAGAUGCUACCCAGAAUCCAGUUGGAGUGGGUCGUAAGCCACCGCAGCAUCUUCCCGAGCCGCUGCGUCCGGAAGUAUCUUUUAACUGGUUACAGCAACCAGCAAAAACAUUCAACAAGCUGUUGUGGCCGCGUGUACGAAAAUCCUUCAUUUGGAUAGGAAUCACACUGUUACUGUGUUUGGUUGUUUAUGGGUUGGUGAUAAAUAUGCCUACAGUCUUUAUGGUGCGAUCGUUAGAACAGCGACAAUCCACUGCAAGUUCAUUUUCCGGAGAAUCUUAA